UUUUUAUUUCAACAGGAUAAUGCACCCUUCAUUACUCUACGCUCAUUAAUUUAACAGUUUACACCAUCUAGGUAUCGACGAUAUUCGACAUGGCUGAAGUGUCCAAGACUGAGUAUCAAAAGAAUGGCCGCUUUAAUAGGCCAGAUAGCACAUUCCGCGAUUUCGUCUCUACCGAUCCUAACUCAAAAUUCCCGGCUGAAAAAGGUCGCUAUGCGCUGUACAUUUCCGGUGGUUGUCCAUGGGCUCACCGCACUAACAUCGUGCGCUCCUUGAAACGCCUCGAAGAUGUAGUUGACCUAUAUAUCUUAAGCUCAUCCAUGAGCGAGAAGGGCUGGCUUUUCGACGGUAAAAACGGCGCCUUGCCGAAAGACCCUCUGUACGGCUUUACUUAUCUUCGAGAGCUGUACUUCAAGGUGGACCCGGACUUCAACGGCCGGUUUACCGUGCCCGUCCUAUGGGACAAGAAGACCGAGACCAUCGUCAACAACGAGUCCAGCGAGAUCAUCCGCAUGCUGUACACCGCGUUCGACGCCUUCAUCCCCGAGGAGUUACGCGAGGUCAACAAGCCCGGCGGCGGCCUCUACCCGGAGCACCUGCGCAAGGAGAUCGACGAGAUCAACGACUGGGUCUACCACACGGUCAACAACGGCGUGUACAAGAGCGGGUUCGCCACCACGCAGGAAUCCUACGAGGAGAACGUAUUCCCUUUAUUCAAGUCGCUCGACCGGCUGGAGGACAUCCUGGCCGGCCACGGAAAGCCCUUCCUACUCGGGGACCAGCUCACGGAAGCCGAUAUACGCCUGUACCCGACGAUCGUGCGGUUCGAUGCCGCGUACCAUACGGUGUUCCUGUGCAACCUCAAGAGCAUCCGCCACGACUACCCACACCUGAACAGGUGGCUGCGCCGGCUCUACUGGGACGAGGGCAGCAAACUGACAGGUGGCGCCUUCCACAAGACCAGUGCUCCGUGGAUCGGCUUAUAUGCUAAGGGAUAUGCGGGCGCGAGGGCAAAGGUUACCAAGCUUCAAGGUCCCGUCAUUGUUCCUAAGGGCCCGGCAGUGCCUGUUGAGCCUUUGGCCGAGGACGAGAAGAUAUGGUAGUCAUACUAGGCUAUGUUCUUAUUUGCUGCGUUUGGUGUUGUUUGACUUUGUUAGCAAAAUGCAGUUUGGAAUCCACUGAAUUUCGGAAUGAGGAGAUAUAGCCUAGCCUGGAGCAGUCAUUCAAGAAGACUUUUUUCAUAUAUGCUGGGGCGCAUCAAUGCGAGCGGUCUCCCAAAAAAGGGAAAAAGAAGAAAAGAAAAUUCAACGAGAACAAUAUAUAUGUGUGCACUAAACGAGCGAGCUUUCGGGGACUCCAUAAUAACUUGGC